UCAAAUCUAUUGCCAUGGACCGCUGCUGCACACCAUACAAAUGGCGCACCUUUACAAGGACUCCAAAACUUUUGUGGACAUGAAGUUAAGAAAUCAUCCGGAUAAAACGUUGCAGGAUUUCAACGAAUUCAUGGCUGCCAAGAAUAAUACCCCCACCGAAGCGGAAAUACAAGACUUUGUUGAUACACACUUUGAAGAGCGCGGCAAAGAGUUCGAACCAUGGACGCCGGACGAUUGGAAGGAGCAUCCCGAAUUCUUAGAUAUGGUUAACGAUCCUGAUCUCAAGCAAUGGGGCUCCGAUUUGAAUGUUAUCUGGAAAAAGUUGGGUCGCAAAAUGAUCGAUGAUGUACACAAGAAUUCAGAAUAUUAUUCCAUCAUACCAGUCGAUCAUCCAGUUAUUGUGCCAGGUGGACGUUUCAUUGAAUUCUACUAUUGGGACUCCUAUUGGGUCAUACGCGGUUUGCUCUAUUCAGAGAUGUACGAAACGGCACGUGGCAUGAUCGAAAACUUCCUGUCCAUUGUACAAAGAUUCGGUUUCAUACCGAAUGGUGGUCGCGUGUACUACUUCGGACGUUCACAACCGCCACUGCUGACGGCUAUGGUUAAGUCUUACGUUGAAUUCACGAAAGACUACAGUUUUGCUGUGGAUUCUUUGGAUAUUUUGGAGCAUGAAUUUGAAUAUUGGAUGAAUAAUCAUAUCGUGCAGGCGAAAGGUUACGAUGUUGCAAUCUAUCGUGACAGUUCCUCCGGUCCACGUCCAGAAUCCUAUCGUGAAGACGUCGAGACGUCGCAAUUUUUCCAAACAGACGAGGAGAAGGAGCAACAUUAUUGCGAGUUAAAGGCUGGUGCUGAGUCUGGCAUGGAUUUCAGUUCGCGUUGGUUUAUUAACGAAAAUGGCACAAGCGAUGGUGAUUUAACAACUCUGAAAACACGCUCCAUUGUGCCCGUAGAAUUGAAUGCAAUAUUGUAUUGGAAUGCAAAAAUGAUUGCAGAAUUCCAUGAGAAGGCAGGAAAUGCCGCAAAGUCUGCGGAGUAUGAGCUGAAGGCUGCAAAGAUAUUCGAGGCCAUCCAAGUGGUGCACUGGAAUGAUGAGGCCGGCGUUUGGUUGGACUACGAUUUAAUCAAUCAGAAACCGCGUGACUACUUUGUACCCACCAAUCUGGCACCACUCUGGACAGGUGCAUUCAAUGCUUUGGACUCGAAACGACUCUCCGCAUCUGUGCUAAAAUAUAUUGAAAAGUUGAAUUUGGACAGUUAUCCUGGUGGCGUGCCAAAUACUCUCGCAAAUACGGGCGAACAAUGGGACUUUCCAAAUGUUUGGGCACCAAUGCAAUAUCUGCUCGUUGUCGGUUUGGAGAACUUAGACACGCCCGAAGCAAAGAAUCUUUCAGAAAAAUGGGCACAUCGAUGGGUGAAGUCAAAUUUCGAGGCAUACAAACAGACGCAGGCGAUGUUUGAAAAGUACGAUGCAUUAAAAUUUGGAGGUCAUGGCGGCGGCGGUGAGUAUGAGGUACAAGAAGGCUUUGGCUGGAGCAAUGGCGUUAUUGUUGAAUUCCUGGCGAAAUAUGGCGGCGAGCUGUCACUUUCAAACAGUGCGGCACCAACAGGUGACGAUGCGCUUUGAAGCAAGAAUUUAAGAAACUACACAUACAUAGAACCAUCAGAAAUCUCGACUCAUUAUACAGUUCAUUUGUCUUUUGUUGUUGUUAUUGUCUCACAGCAUAUUGCUAAAAUAUUAUACAUACAUACAUAUUAUAUGUAAUUAGAAAAUAUUCACAUUGCAAUUGUACAAGAAAGAAAUUUACAAAAAAAAAUGGAAAAACAAGUUAUUAAAAAUUGUA